GCCAGUCUACUCGUCCUUUCUUACUGCCCAUUUUUCUCUGCUGUAUGUAUCAAUGUAUGUACUAGGGGUACCACCCAUCCCUACCCCUUUCAACCCACCCACGCGGCCACCCCCUUACUAACAUCUUCACUCUUCCCUUGCUAUUUAGCAAUAUAAAUCUUUGAAACUUUUUAACACAAACCAAAAUCUCUUUCCUCACUCAUCUGCCACGAGAUGGUGGGUCUCAGUGUAGUACUCGAAGGUUAUAGUAAUAAUAGAGAUAAUAUUAGUACCCAAAAAAGCACUAAUAUCACAGCAAGUAGUACUACUGGUUCGAGUUGGCAGAUUGUUAACAAAGCUAGUAUGGUGAAACCAACUUCUCCAACAACCCCUUCUUGUCCUUUUUCCCGGCGAAAAUAUCCGGUUGCUGUUGGGUUUCUUGAUUCUUGUUUCCUUUGUAAGAAGAAACUCUUACCUGGCAAAGACAUCUACAUGUACAAGUCCCGUGUUAUAUUGUGCACGCUUCAAAUGUACCGCCCCGCCCUAGGCGGGUUUGUAGUCCCACAUCGAUGGGAACUGAUGGGAGAAUGGGGAUUUUGUAGCGUGGAGUGCAGGUGCAGGCAGAUUUUUAUGGAUGAAGAAGAGAGUGUUCCAAAGACAAAGAAAAGGGAAAAUAAUAAAUCGUGUACUUCUUCAUCGUCAUCUUCUUCUUCACGGAGUAGGAAAACGGCAUCAAGAAACAGACCAAGUGGGUUUGCAUACUGAGAAAGGAGUUCAGUUGGAGGAAAAUUUUGCUGCUUUCCAGUUUUGUCCUCGUCACACUUUGUAAUGACUAUGGAUAAUGAGUCGCUAAUUUUUAUUUUAUUACAUUAAUGUCAUUAAAUUAUAUUUUGUAAUACUAUCACUUAAUUUUAUCUAAAUAUUGUAAUAAUAAAUAUUUUCUACCA